GUCAGCGUAUUGAGAGUCCCAUUCCCGUACAAAAGGCGCCGCCUCCCCGCCCACAGGGGUUCCCGUCUUCGAACUCGAACAUCAUCACCCUGUGAUACCACACGCCAUCCAUGGGGGACACGACAAUAGAUCCGGCCGCUGCCCUGGCCGCCUUCCGGGCCUCCUGUGCUCAGCAGGGUCUGUUGACGCCCCGGGACAGUCUCGCGGACGGGGAUGUGUCCGACGGCCUCGACGAUGAUGCCACACUCCUACGGUUCCUCGAGGCGCGCAAGAUGGAUGCCACCGCGGCCCUGCAGCAAUUCCAAGAAGCCACCCAGUACCGGACCGACAAGCGCGUGCUGCGGGUCUAUGACUUGAUCUCGGUGGAGGACCACGACGAGACGCGGAAGCUGUAUCCGCACUGGACGGGCCGUCGGGACCGACGGGGCAUGCCCUUGCUCAUGCUGGAUGUCGUCCACCUGAACGCGGCUGCCAUGGCAGGCUGGCGCAAAACCCGCGACACCAGCCAGGCCAGCCAGACCCCCUCGAUCGUUCCGGACAUGGCGCAACGGGCGUUCGUCCAUUUCGACGGACUGACGCGGUGUGUGCUGCCCCUCUGCGCGGCCGUGCGCGAUCGAUCCGACGGGCCCGUGCCCAUCACCAGGUCCGUGUAUGUCGUGGAUGCCAGCACGGUGUCGAUCCGGCAGGCCUGGGAUCUGCGGGACUUCGCCCAGGAGAUCAGUGGCAUGCUGGCCACCUGCUACCCGGAGACGAUCGACCGGAUCUUGGUGUGUAACAUCCCCUUUUUCUUCGCCCGCAUCUGGAGCUUCAUGAAGCGGUUCAUGGACCCCAUCACUGCCGCCAAACUCGUCAUGUUGCCGUCCGCGGACGUGUAUCCCACUCUGGUGGGACUGAUCGACCAUGAGGACAUCCCCCGCCAGUUUGGGGGCGCGUUCAACUACACCCACGCCAUGCUGCCGGAUCUGGAUCCGGGCCUCCGCCAGAGGCUGUCGUGGACGGACCCUACGAGGGAGGAACUCCCACCGGGGCCGAUCAAGUGGAUGGUGAACAGCCAGGGGGAGAGACGCCUCGUCGCGACCGGCACGACUGACGGCCUGCAGAGAGCCGAGGAGAUUGCGGUCCUCCAUCCCGUCGAGUCGGCGUCGGCCUAGGGUACUUCAGUCUGCCAGUCGGGUCCCAUCGCGUAUGCCGAUUAGUGCGACGUCCCCCGGGGAGAGA